UAUCUUAAACCUGCACUUGUACAGUUGUCAUACUGUUGGUAAAUCACGCGAGAUGUCGGUCUUAUCUGAAGCUGCGAUCACUCUUUUUGUCCUGCUCCUCUUCACAGGAGGGACUGAGAGUAGCAUUGACUCGUGUCCGGCCUCCCUAACCAGAAACCAGUUCCUACAGGAAUUCGGCGACUAUUGUUUCCAGUUUAUACAUGUGGAGAAGACAUGGGUCGAUGCCAGGAAGGACUGUAACCAUCGAGGAGGGGACCUUGUGCAGGUUGUCGACCUGGAUUUCCAGAAAUUCAUCCUUAACACAUUGAGGGAGGUUCUUCACUGGGACAGACACGGGGUCUGGAUCGGAGCUACAGACCAUGAUGUGGAACAGAAGUGGAUGUGGGUCACAGGUCAGGUGUUGAACUGGACGAAUUGGAUGCCGGGGGAGGGACCACAGCACACUGGGGGUUUCCUAUUCGCUCCAAGUCACGAAUCCGAGGACUGUGCCCAGAUCCGACUGGAUGACACCCUUGGGAGGUGGCAUGACUAUCGCUGUAGUGGCGUCGGGGUCCACUACUCCUACAUAUGUCAGUACUUCAAGCCAGUCUCGACAGGACAGGCAACAGCGCCUAUAGGAAAUGGCCAGACCACGGGAUCUGCAACAUACCCGCCUCAUAUACCAACUUCAGGCAUCGAUAUGACAACGAACCAGCAAAUUGUUCAAACAAGCAGACCUGUGACGUCUGAAAGUGUUAAGUUUUCUACCGAACAUCUGGCUAUGUCUGUUCUUCAAGGUAUCACCUUAGGGUCAAAGCGGCUCCAAAAUGAUGAAAAGGCAGAUGAUUAAAACUUUCUUUCGCAGCAAAAUGUCAAAUAAACAAAUAAUAAAGGCUUGUAUAUUUUA